AUGCGGCUGUUACAAGUCCUCGACCCACACAAGUACUAUAAGCUUGGGAUAACUACUUCUAUUUACUCUCCAGAUACUCUGAAGUCCUCUGGAAAUAGGGCCUCUAUUUAUUUGGGAAAUGUUGUGACUCAGGAGAUUGACGUCAUGGGACGAAGCAAAAGCAUUGACAAUUCUUAUAAAGCUAAUCUUCUUGAAAAACACUGGAUGCCACCUAUAAAUUACGAAUUUCCUUUUUGUGUGGUCACCAAGAAUGGAAAACAAACCAAAAAGUACGCUCAAAGAUCACAUCUUAAUAAAUUCCAUUGGCUCAUUUUAUCACACAAAGACCAGGGGCUGCAUUGCAAGUAUUGUGCUCUAUUUGCUUCAGGCUCAGGUGGUGGAGUUCAAACAAAUACGCCUCUUAAACGGCUUGUUAAACAACCUUUAAAAGCUUUUGAUGACCUACUUGGAGAAAAGGGGUCUCUAUUAACACACCAGCGAAAUAAAUAUCACCAAAUGUCGGUCGAAGCUGGGAAAAGUUUUCUUGUAACUUACCAUAACCCUGACCUUAAUGUUGCUAACCAAGUCUGUAAGCAGCGAAUGGCGCAGGUAAAAGAAAAUAGAGAUCGUUUGCGACCAAUUGUCAGUAGAAUUGUAUUAUGUGGCCGCCAAAAUAUUCCCCUGCGUGGGCAUAGGGACGACGGAAAAAUAAUUCUAAAUGUUGACAAAAAUGAGCAAAAUACCGUGGUAGCAAAUCAAGAGGGGAAUUUUAGAGCUCUCCUAAGGUUUCGUAUCGAGUCAGGUGACUCAAAUCUGCGUCAACAUUUAGAAGUAGCAAACUCCAAUGCAACAUAUAUCAGCAAAAUAGUGCAAAACGAACUGAUCGAUACAUGUAAAGAUUUGAUUCAAGAAGCUAUUUUAGCUAGAGUAAAGGAAGCGAAAUUAUUUUCAUUAAUAUUUGAUGAAACAACUGAUAUCUCUCACACUGAGCAGCUGAGUCUCUCCAUUCGAUAUUUCUAUAAUGGAGUAAUCAAGGAGGAUUUUUUAACUUUUUGCGAUACUUACGAGAUGAUUCAUUUUGAGGACGCAAGAGCAGAGCGUCGUUUGACAGGCGUUAAAUUGCCACGUAUAGUGGAAGAUCUUUGUUUUAAAUUUGAUAUUGAUUUGGCAUGGUGUGUUGGUAUUGGUACAGAUAGCUGCUCUGUGAUGGCUUCUGAAACUAAGGGUGCAGUUCAUGAACUUUCUAAAAAAGCCACUAACGCUAAGCGUUGUCCAUGCAACAACCAUAUUUUAAACAAUUCAUUAGCCAAAUCUUCAAAAGUUUCGGCUUGUCGUAAUGCUUCAGCAACUAUGAGGAAAGUAGUAGCUUUUGCUAAUGCGUCAGCAAAACGGCACAAAGUCUUUGAAGAGGAGCUUGAAGGAAUGGCUCUACAAGGAAUAUGUGAAACUCGUUGGGUUGAAAGGCAUGAUGGACACUUACAAUUUCAAGGCGAUAACUUGGUCAAAAUAUGUAAUGCCCUGCACCGAAUUACAACUUGGGAGGACAGCAAAACCGCGAGUGAUGCUCAAUGUCUCCGACAUGUUUUAUGUAGUUCUGAGUUCAUUAUUGCAUCAGUAUGUUUGAAUGAUGUCUUAGGAACAACUGUGUCACUUAGCCGUUUUCUUCAGACUUCGUCUAUUGACUUGAAAAGGGCAACCGACGCAAUGAAAGACACUAUUUUUCUUCUGAAGCAAAAGAGAACAAAUAGUGAUGUUGUUUUCCAGCAAUUAUUUUCAGAGUCAAAAGAGAUUUUCGAGCAGUUAGAUGUGGAGAUAAGAUUACCAAGAAUUUUUCCUAGACAGAAGCACCGAGAAAAUAAUCAGCCAGGUCAAACUGCAGAAGAAUAUUUCCGCAAAAGUAUAUAUAUUCCUCUCUUGGAUUCAAUAAUAGCAGAUUUGGAAGAACGACUUUCUCCAGAGGUGCUUUCAUUGUUUAAUUUGGGUGUAUUUUUACCAAAAACUGUUUACUCAGAAGUUGAUUUGGUAGCCGUACGGGAAGCAGUUAAAAACUACACUGAACUUCUACACAGGCCUCAUAUAUCUACGGUAUUGUCAGAAUUUCAGCUUUGGGUUACAAAAUGGAAACGUGAAGUAGAAAGUGGAAAUAAAGUACCGGAAUUCUUACCUCAGGUAAUAGAACAGUGUGAGUGUGUGACACAGAUUUAUACCCAAAUAUAA